CACAACAUCCUCAAAUAAAUCCAUCAGAAUGACACCUUCUCAGGUUACCUUUGAAAUAAGAGGAACUCUGUUUCCAGGAGAAGUUUUUGCUAUAUGUGGAAGCUGUGAUGCUUUGGGAAACUGGAAUCCUCAAAAUGCUGUGGCUCUUCUUCCAGAGAAUGAGACAGAUGAAAGCAUGUUUUGGAAAGCAACCAUUGUACUCAGUAGAGGAGAAUCAGUUCAGUAUCGCUACUUCAAAGGGAGCUUUUUAGAACCAAAGACUAUCGGUGGUCCAUGUCAAGUCAUAGUUCACAAGUGGGAGACUCAUCUACAACCACGAUCAAUAACCCCUUUAGAAAGUGAAAUUAUUAUUGACGAUGGACAAUUUGGAAUCCACAAUGGUGUUGAGAAUUUGGAUUCGGGAUGGCUGACGUGUCAGACUGAAAUAAGAUUACGUUUGCAUUAUUCUGAAAAGCCUCCUGUCUCUAUAACCAAGAAGAAAUUUAAAAAAUCUAGAUUUAGAGUGAAGCUGACACUAGAGGGUCUGGAGGAAGAUGAUGAUGAUAGGGUGUCUCCCACUGUUCUUCACAAAAUGUCCAAUACCCUGGAGAUAUCCUUGAUAAGUGACACUGAGUUCAAGUGCAAGCAUUCACAGCCGGAUUGUGGGUAUGGCUUACAGCCUGAUCGUUGGACAGAAUAUAGCAUACAGACAAUGGAACCAGAUAAUUUGGAACUAAUAUUUGAUUUUUUUGAGGAAGAUCUCGGUGAACAUGUAGUUCAGGGUGAUACUCUUCCUGGACAUGUGGGUACAGCAUGCCUCUUAUCAUCUACCAUUGAUGAGAGUGGGAAAAGUGCUGGAGUCCUCACUCUUCCUAUCAUGAGCAGAAAUUCCAGACAAACUAUAGGCAAAGUAAGAGGUAAGCCAGGAGACUCAGGGUGGCCCUUUACAAAGUAUUUCUAUGUAUUCUCUUUUAGGCUUGCUAAAGUUCAAGAAAAUACUAUUGCUUCUUUAAGAAAUGCUGCUAGUCAUGGUGCAGCCUUUGUGGAAUUUGAUGUACAUCUUUCAAAAGAUUUUGUGCCUGUGGUGUAUCAUGACCUCACCUGUUGUUUGACUAUGAAAAAGAAAUUUGAGGCUGAUCCAGUUGAAUUAUUUGAAAUUCCAGUAAAGGAAUUAACAUUUGACCAACUCCAGUUGUUAAAGCUUACUCAUGUGACUGCACUAAAAUCUAAAGAUCUAAAAGAAUCUGUGGUUGAAGAAGAAAAUUCUUUAUCUGAUAAUCAGCCAUUUCCUUCUCUUAAGAUGGUUUUAGAGUCUUUGCCAGAAGAUGUAGGGUAUAACAUAGAAAUAAAGUGGAUCUGCCAACAAAGGGAUGGAAUGUGGGAUGGUAACUUAUCAACAUAUUUUGACAUGAAUCGGUUUUUGGAUAUCAUUUUAAAAACUGUCUUAGAAAAUUCUGGCAAGAGAAGAAUAGUGUUUUCUUCAUUUGAUGCAGAUAUUUGCACAAUGGUUCGGCACAAGCAGAACAAAUAUCCCAUAUUAUUUUUGACUCAAGGAAAGUCUGAUAUUUACCCUGAACUCAUGGACCUCAGAUCUCGGACAACUGCUAUUGCAAUGAGUUUUGCACAGUUUGAAAAUCUACUGGGGAUAAAUGCACAUACUGAAGAUCUGCUCAGAAACCCAUCCUACAUUGAAGAGGCAAAAGCUAAGGGACUAGUCAUAUUCUGCUGGGGUGAUGAUACCAACGACCCGGAAAACAGGAAGAAAUUGAAGGAAUUUGGAGUUAAUGGUCUAAUUUAUGAUAGGCAGAGGCUAGAACGUGAAUCAGGGCAGGACUGUGUUGAAGGUGUGGAGGAUUUUGAGGAGACACCCAGCACUGGGCUCCUCCUAGAGUCUGUUGACAGGAAUUAACACAGUAGAUUUCCA